AUGCUUCAAAUAAGUUGGACAUUUAUUUAUUUUCUUUUUCCUCUUUUUUGUUUAACAACAUACAUUUCUCUUGAUACUGGAUUUACACAAUGUCACUCUGAUUUUAAUCAAUUAAAAAGGACAGGAAUUUAUCAAUUAUUAAAUCCUCAGAUUAUAUCUAAAAUCUUAUUACUUAUUAUUGUGGUUGUUUGUUCUAUUCGUAUUACUCGAACACAUACCAUUGUAAUAAUAUCUAUUAUUAUUGAAUUUUUAAAUGCCUACAUACUUUUUAGUAGUCUCUAUACUUUAAUUAUAAUUAGUAAAAUGUAUAUGAAUGAUAAAAAAUGUUCAUUAAAUGAAAGUAAAAAUAACGGUAUUAGUGGGCAUUAUUUUACUUACAUUUACUAUUUUCAAGUACUAACUCAUUUGGUUGAUUCUAUUUCACUAGAAUUAAAAAAUCCAUUUUUUAUAUUUUUUGCAACAGAAGUCUUUCAAAUUCAAACCACUAAAUUUUUUGAAUUUAAUUUCCAUCCAUUUCAAAAAAGUAAAUCAUUUCAAAGUGUAAUUGGAAUGAUGCUUUUCUUUGGUUAUAUUCUAUUUUCAUGGGGAACUCUUUUUGAUACAUUAAUUAUUGGAUAUCAUACUCCUCGACAAGCAAUACUUGGAACUGUUUUAGGAAUUUUAUCAACUUUAUUAUAUCAAUUAUUCCUUCAAGUACCAUUUAAAUUUCAAAGUCUAUUAAAUUCUUUCUUUCUUAUUAUUGUAAUAGGUUGCUAUUAUAUACUAACUCAAGAAAUUUUAAAUGGAAUAGUAUGUGUAUUAGCUAUUACUUCUUUAAUACUUACUGUAGUUAUUGAAUAUUAUAAUAAUUAUCAACACAUAGAUAGUUCACUAAUUUUAAUUUGA